CUCUCCUCCAGCCUCUUGAGUGAACAGCCAUGCGCAGGUCUGUAGGUAUUCUGCGGGUCAUCCAAAGAGCAAGGGCAGCAGGAGUGAGUUUCUGGGGACCGGCGGUGGCCCUGCAGCCUCGGCAGGCAGCAUGGAUCUCACUCAGUGGCCCCUGGGCAUUUACCUCUGUGUCCAAGAUGGCAACCGUGAAGUGUGAACUGAUGAAGAAUUUCACCUCGGAAAAGCCGAUUUGUCACAGUAAAGUCUCCAUCAUAGGGGCUGGAGCCGUGGGGCUGGCCUGUGCUAUUAGCAUUUUGUUGAAAGGCUUGACUGAUGAGCUUGCCCUUGUGGACGUUGGUGAAGACAAACUGAAGGGUGAGGUAAUGGAUCUUCAGCAUGGCAGCGUUUUCGCGAAAAUGCCAAAUAUUGUUUGCAGUAAAGAUUACCGUGUCACCGCCAACUCCAGCCUAGUGAUUAUCACAGCGGGUGUACGUCAGGAAAAAGGAGAAUCCCGCCUCAACCUAGUCCAGCGAAAUGUGGCCAUUUUUAAGUUAAUGAUUGCCACUAUGGUGCAGUACAGCCCCCACUGCAAACUGAUUGUUGUUUCCAAUCCAGUGGAUAUCUUGACUUAUGUAUCCUGGAAACUGAGUGCAUUGCCUGAAAACCGUGUUAUUGGAACUGGUUGCAAUCUGGAUACUGCUCGUUUCCGUUUCCUAAUUGGGCAAAAGCUUGGUAUCCACUCUGAAAGCUGUCAUGGGUGGGUCCUUGGAGAGCAUGGAGAUUCAAGUGUCCCCGUAUGGAGUGGAGUUAACAUCGCUGGUGUCCCUCUAAAAGAUCUGAAUGCAGCAAUAGGAACUGGUAAAGAUCCUGAGCAGUGGGAAAAUGUUCACAAAGAAGUAAUUACCAGUGCCUAUGAAAUUAUUAAAAGGAAGGGUUACACUUCUUGGGCCAUUGGCCUGUCUGUAGCUGAUUUGGCAGAAAGUAUUUUGAAGAACCUAAGGAGAGUACAUCCAGUAUCCACCAUAAUUAAAGGCCUCCAUGGAAUAGAGAAAGAAGUAUUCCUCAGUGUUCCAUGUGUCCUAGGAGAAAAUGGUAUAACAGAUCUUAUAAAGAUCAAGCUGACCCCUGAAGAGGAGGCCCAUUUGAAAAAGAGUGCAGAAACACUUUGGGAGAUUCAGAAGGAGCUUAAGUUUUAAAAUCUAAAUCUAUCAUUCUGAAGUUACUGAAGAUAACGAUGGUAGAUAAGAGAUUGGACUGUGUAUGCUAGCGUUUUGCAUAAAUUUAAUUUCCUGAAAGUUGAAAAGAGUCCCUGUUUAGCCCUCUGUUUUAACCUUUUAGCAUCUAGAUGCUGGUGGUACUUACAUUUUUACAAUUCAUAAGUGACUGUAUCCAAGAAGAUACCUAGUUUCUCUGAUGUACCAGUAUUUGUAUUAUAACUCUAUGUAGGUGCCAUCUGGUCUAAAAAUAAGAUGUUAGUGUGUUCUAAUUUUCAUUGAGUAAGUGCUAAUUCAUUUUGGGUUGCUUAUAGCUAUGUUCAUUUAUGUACCAUUUAA